ACUCUCAACUACUGAAUCCAACCCUUUCGCCACGAUUAACGUCGUCGUCCAAGAUGUGGUUCUUUGGGAGUUUUCUCUAUGUCUGCAUUCUCCUCAUCAAUGCCGUCGCUGUCCUUUCCGAAGAUCGAUUCCUCGCGCGCAUCAAUCUUUCGCCCGCAUCAUAUGAUCCUGCGUUUGGUGCUGGCCCCGAUGCCAGUGUCAAGGCCAAGAUCAUUAACCUCAUCGCGAGCGUUCGAACCAUAAUGAGGAUGCCACUGAUUUUCGUCAACUCUGUUAUUAUUCUUUACGAGCUCAUACUUGGCUGAUUCCAAGUUUCACGUUUGGACACUCAUAUACGAUAUGGUUAUAAAAGAGGACACGGUAGACUUUCCCAGGCAUUAAUGGAGUCAGGCAAUUUUUGACUUGGAGUUUUGUUGAUAUAAAUCACGAUAGGCCAUGUGUGGAAUCGCCGCAACUUGGCAUGAAGACGACGUGGAACGAGUCAGUAUGAAAGGGAGAUAGCCUCCAUAUGAAAUUGAGCGCCAUCUUCCAUGAAGCAGAAACCACGUAGGCGUGGGCUUCUGGCUUCCUAUGUAACUCAUGUAUAGUACAACUGUUACACCGCAGGCUGUAACCCACAGCGCCCAAGUAAAAAUGAACAAGCGAGCUCGUUCG